CUGCUGCCGCCGCUGCUGCUGCUGCUGCUGCUGCUGCUGCCGCCGCCGGGCCUGGGCACCGGGCUCGACGCCCUGCCCGCCGGGGCCUGCCACCCGCUGGGGCCGCCCGCCCCGCAGCCCGCCGGACCCUGCGCCCCUCGGCGCUGGCUGUGCCCGGCCGGGGCCCCGGGAUCCUGGCUGCACGCUGCUCGCUGCGGGCCGCGGGGCCCCGAGCUCAGCGGCCGGCUGCUGCUUAGGGGCCGCCGACCCUGGUGCCCGCAGCCCCGGGCCCCCGUGCCCCUGCCCCCGGCCCCGGGGGGCUGCCGCUGGCGCUGCCGCCUCCUGGGAGCCAGGGGCCACCUCUCCCCGCCGGGACGGCUCGUCCUCCCCGCGGGGCCCCGCUGCUUCCAGCCGGCCCGGGCCCCGCGGCUGAGGUGCCGGUCCUGUGGGCCGCGAGGGUACGGGGGCGGGCACGGAGAGGGGCAAGGAGAUGGGCGCGGGGCUGAGCACGGAGAUGGGGACGAGGGCGGGCCCAGGGGUGCCCACGGAGAUGGGGAAGAGGGCAGGAACAGAGGCGGCCGCGGAGAUGCGGACGAGGGCGGGCCCAGGGGUGCCCACGGAGAUGGGGAAGAGGGCAGGAACAGAGGCGGCCGCGGAGAUGGGGACGAGGGCAGGCGUAGGGGUGGCCACGGAGAUGGGGACGAGGGCGGGCACAGGGGCGGCCACGGAGAGGGGGACGAGGGCGGCCACAGGGGCGGCCACGGAGAGGGGGACGAGGGCGACCACAGAGGCGGCCACGGAGAGGGGGACGAGGAAAGACACAGAGGCGGCCACGGAGCCGGGCAGGGGGGCGGACGGCGGCGGCGGAACGUGAACACGGCCCCCCAGUUCCAGACGCCCAGCUACCAGGCCACGGUGGCGGAGAACCAGCCGGCGGGCACCCCCGUGGCUUGGCUGCGGGCCUCGGACCCGGACGGCGGCGAGGCGGGCCGGCUGGAGUACAGCAUGGACGCCCUGUUCGACAGCCGCUCCAACCUCUUCUUCUCGCUGGACGCCGCCACGGGGGCCGUGACCACGGCCGAGGAGCUGGACCGGGAGACCAAGAGUAGCCACGUGUUCCGCGUCACGGCCCAGGACCACGGCAGCCCCCGGCGCAGCGCCCUGGCCACGCUGACCGUCACGGUGGCCGACACCAACGACCACGACCCCGCCUUCGAGCAGGCCGAGUACAAGGAGAGCCUGCGGGAGAACCUGGAGGUGGGCUACGAGGUCCUGACGGUGCGGGCCACGGACGCCGACGCCCCGGCCAACGCCAACAUCCUCUACCGCCUGCUGGAGGGCCCGGGCGCGCCCGGGGCCGCCGAGGCCUCGGAGGCCUUCGAGAUCGACCCGCGCUCCGGCGUCAUCCGCACCCGGGGCCCCGUGGACCGCGAGGCCGUGGAGUCCUACCUGCUGACGGUGGAGGCCAGCGACCAGGGCCGCGACCCCGGGCCCCGCAGCGCCACGGCCACCGUCCACCUGACCGUGGAGGACGACAACGACAACGCCCCUCAGUUCGGCGAGAAGCGCUACGUGGUGCGGGUCCGGGAGGACGCGGCCCCCGGCGUGCCCAUCCUGCGGGUCGCCGCCACGGACCGCGACAAGGGCAGCAACGCCCUGGUCCACUACAGCAUCAUGAGCGGCAACGCCCGGGGCCAGUUCUACCUGGACGCCCAGACCGGGGCCCUGGACCUGGUCGGCCCCCUGGACUACGAGGCGGCCAAGGAGUACAGCCUGCGUGUCCGGGCCCAGGACGGAGGGCGGCCGCCGCUCUCCAACGUGUCGGGCCUGGUGACCGUGCAGGUGCUGGACGUGAACGACAACGCCCCCAUCUUCGUCAGCACGCCCUUCCAGGCCACCGUGCUGGAGAGCGUGCCCCUGGGCUACCUGGUGCUGCACGUGCAGGCCGUCGACGCCGACGCGGGCGAGAACGCCCGGCUGGAGUACCGGCUGUCCGGCGUCGGGCCGGCCUGCCCCUUCGCCGUCCACAACGGCACCGGCUGGAUCUCCGUGGCCGCCGAGCUGGACCGCGAGGCCGUGGACUUCUACAGCUUCGGCGUGGAGGCCCGGGACCACGGGGAACCGCCGCUGACCGCCUCGGCCAGCGUGAGCAUCACGGUCCUGGACGUCAACGACAACAGCCCGGCCUUCACCCGGCCGGAGUACGCGGUGAGGCUCAACGAGGACGCGGCCGUGGGCACCAGCGUGGUGACGGUGUCGGCCGUGGACCGCGACGCCCACAGCGUCAUCACCUACCAGAUAGCCAGCGGGAACACCCGCAACCGCUUCUCCAUCACCAGCCAGAGCGGCGGCGGCGGCGGGCUCAUCUCCCUGGCCCUGCCGCUGGACUACAAGCUGGAGCGCCACUACCUGCUGGCCGUCACGGCCUCCGACGGCACCCGCCAGGACACCGCCCAGGUGCUGGUCAACGUCACCGACGCCAACACCCACCGGCCCGUCUUCCAGAGCUCCCACUACACCGUCAACGUCGACGAGGACCGGCCGCCGGGCACCACGGUGGUGGUGAUCAGCGCCACGGACGAGGACACGGGCGAGAACGCCCGCAUCACCUACUUCAUGGAGGACAGCCUCCCCCAGUUCCGCAUCGACGGGGCCACGGGGGCCGUGACCACGCUGGCCCCGCUGGACUACGAGGACCAGGUCUCCUACACCCUGGCCAUCACGGCCCGGGACAACGGCAUCCCGCAGAAGUCCGACACCACCUACCUGGAGAUCCUGGUGAACGACGUCAACGACAACGCCCCGCAGUUCCUGCGCGAGGCCUACCAGGGCAGCGUCUACGAGGACGUGCCCGCCUUCACCAGCGUCCUGCAGGUCUCCGCCACCGACCGCGAUGCGGGCCUCAACGGCCGGGUGUUCUACACCUUCCAGGGCGGGGAGGACGGGGACGGCGACUUCGUCAUCGAGUCCACCUCGGGCAUCGUGCGCACCCUGCGCCGGCUGGACCGCGAGAACGUGGCCCUCUACCGCCUGCGGGCGCUGGCCGUGGACAAGGGCGUGCCCCCAUCCCGGACCCCCGUGGAGGUGGCCGUGACGGUCCUGGACGUCAACGACAACCCGCCGGUCUUCGCGCGGGACGAGUUCGAUGUCUUCGUGGAGGAGAACAGCCCCAUCGGGCUGGCCGUGGCCCGCGUGACCGCCAGCGACCCGGACGAGGGCACCAACGCCCAGAUCAUGUACCAGAUCGUGGAGGGCAACAUCCCCGAGGUCUUCCAGCUGGACAUCUUCUCCGGGGAGCUGACCGCGCUGGUGGACCUGGACUACGAGGCGCGGGCCGAGUACGUCGUGGUGGUGCAGGCCACGUCCGCCCCGCUGGUCAGCCGGGCCACGGUCCACAUCCGCCUCCUGGACCGCAACGACAACCCGCCCGUCCUCGGCAACUUCGAGAUCCUCUUCAACAACUACGUCACCAACCGCUCCAGCAGCUUCCCCGGCGGCGCCAUCGGCCGGGUGCCGGCCCACGACCCCGACGUCUCCGACGCCCUCAGCUACACCUUCGAGGAGGGCAACGAGCUCAGCCUGGUGCUCCUCAACGCCUCCACCGGGGAGCUGCGGCUCAGCCCGGCCCUGGACAACAACCGGCCGCUGGAGGCCAUCAUGAGGGUGUCCGUGUCAGACGGCGUCCACAGCGUGUCGGCCCAGUGCGCCCUGCGGGUGACCAUCGUCACGGACGAGAUGCUGACCCACAGCAUCACGCUGCGGCUGCAGGACAUGAGCCCGGAGCGCUUCCUCUCGCCGCUGCUGGGCCUCUUCGUCCGCGCCGUGGCGGCCACCCUGGCCGCGGCCCCGGAGCGGGUGGUGGUCUUCAGCGUCCAGCGGGACUCGGACGUGCCCGGGGCGCACGUCCUCAACGUCAGCCUGUCGGUGGGGCGGGCCGGGCCGGGCCCGGGGCCCGGGACCCCGUCGGGGGGCUUCCUGCCGUCCGAGGACCUGCAGGAGCGGCUCUACCUCAACCGCAGCCUCCUGGCGGCCCUGUCGGCCCAACGCGUGCUGCCCUUCGACGACAACAUCUGCCUGCGGGAGCCGUGCGAGAACUACAUGCGCUGCGUGUCGGUCCUGCGCUUCGACUCGACGGCGCCCUUCAUCGCCUCGGCCUCGGUCCUCUUCCGGCCCAUCCACCCGGUGGGCGGCCUGCGCUGCCGCUGCCCGCCCGGCUUCACCGGAGACUUCUGCGAGACCGAGAUCGACCUCUGCUACUCCAGCCCCUGCGGCCCGCACGGACGCUGCCGGACCCGAGAGGGCGGAUACACCUGCCACUGCCCGGACCACUUCACCGGUGAGCACUGCGAAGUGAGUGCCCGGUCCGGCCGCUGUGCCCCCGGCAUCUGCAGGAACGGGGGGACCUGCAUCAACCUGCUGGUGGGUGGUUUCAAGUGCCAGUGCCCAGAGGGUGAUUUCGAGAAGCCAUACUGCCAAGUGACUGCCCGCAGCUUCCCUGCCCGGUCGUUCCUCACCUUCCGUGGCCUGCGCCAGCGCUUCCACUUCACCCUGACCCUCACGUUUGCGACGAAGGAGCAGGACGGGCUGCUGCUCUACAACGGCCGCUUCAACGAAAAACAUGACUUCGUGGCCCUCGAGAUCAUCCAAGGGCAGAUCCAGCUCACCUUCUCCGCAGGAGAGUCGAUCACCACGGUGACCCCGUUCAUCCCUGGAGGCGUCAGCGACGGCCAGUGGCAUUCGGUGCAACUGCACUACUACAACAAGCCGCUGCUGGGCCGCUCCGGGCUCCCCCAGGGCCCCUCGGAGCAGAAGGUCGCCGUGGUGACCGUGGACAGCUGUGACCCCGCCAUGGCGCUGCGGUUCGGAGCGGCCUUGGGCAACUACUCGUGUGCCGCCCAGAGCACCCAGAGCGGCAGCAAGAAGUCCCUGGACCUAACGGGCCCCCUGUUGCUGGGCGGGGUGCCGGACCUGCCCGAGAGCUUCCCCGUGCGCACGCGGCACUUCGUGGGCUGUAUGCGGGGCCUGCAGGUGGACGGCCGGCUCCUGGACAUGGCCGAUUUCAUUGCCAACAACGGCACCGAGCCCGGGUGCCCGGCCAAGAAGAACGUUUGUGACAGCAACACCUGCCUCAAUGGGGGCACCUGUGUCAACCAGUGGGGCACUUUCAGCUGCGAGUGCCCGCUGGGCUAUGGGGGCAAGAGCUGCGGGCAGGAGAUGGCGAAUCCCCAGCGCUUCCUGGGCAGCAGCCUGAUGUCCUGGCACGGCUUGGCCCUGCCCAUCACCCAACCCUGGCGCCUGAGCCUCAUGUUCCGGACCCGCCAGGCCAGCGGGGUCCUUCUGCAGGGGCUGGCGGGGGCCCAGGGCAGCCUCACCCUGCAGCUGAGCGAGGGCCACGUGGAUCUGAGCCUUGAAGGCCCCAGCGGGCCUCCCUCCUCCCUGCGGCUGGAGCCGGGCAAGGCCAACGAUGGGGACUGGCACCAUCUGCGGGUGGAGCUGGGGGCCGGCCGGGCCACCCUGGAGCUGGACUACGGGCAGCAGCGGGCCGAGGCCGACGUGCCCGUCGGGCUCCACGGGCACCGGCUCAGCAACGUCAGCGUGGGCGGCCUGGCGGGGCCCGGGGGCACCGUCCUCAGGGGCUUCCGGGGGUGCCUGCAGGGCUUGCGGGUGGGCGAGACGGAAGGGGUGGCCAGCAGCCUGGAUGCCAGCCAGGCGGAGCGCGCCAACGUGGAGCCGGGCUGCAGCGUGCCCGACCCCUGCGACUCCAACCCCUGCCCUGCCAACAGCUACUGCAGCAACGACUGGGACAGCUACUCCUGCAGCUGCGACCCGGGCUUCUACGGAGACAGCUGUACCAGCGCCUGUGCCCUGAACCCCUGUGAGCACCAAGCCACGUGUGCCCGCAAGCCCAGCGCCCCUCACGGCUACGUUUGCGAGUGUCCCCACAACUACAUCGGGCCUUACUGCGAGACCAGGAUCGACCAGCCGUGCCCCAGGGGCUGGUGGGGACACCCCAUGUGCGGCCCGUGCAGCUGCGACGUCAGCAAAGGCUUCGACCCCGACUGCAACAAGACCAGCGGAGAGUGUCGUUGCAAGGAGAAUCACUACCGUCCGGCGGGCAGUGCGGCCUGCCUCCUGUGUGACUGCUACCCGACGGGCUCCCUGUGGCGGGUGUGCGAGGCCGAGGCCGGCCAGUGCCCCUGCAAGCCCGGGGUCAUCGGCCGACAGUGCGACCGCUGCGAUAACCCCUUCGCCGAGGUCACGGCCAACGGCUGCGAAGUGAACUACGACAGUUGCCCCCGGGCCAAAGAGGCAGGGAUCUGGUGGCCCCGGACCCGUUUCGGCCUGCCCGCCGCUGCACCCUGCCCGAGGGGCUCCAUUGGGACGGCGGUGCGGCACUGCGAUGAGCACAGGGGCUGGCUGCCCCCCAGUCUCUUCAACUGCACCUCCCUCACCUUUGCCGAGUUGAAGAGCGUGGCGGAGCGUCUGCAGCGGAACGGAUCGCGGCUAGACUCUGGACGGUCACAGCGCCUGGCCCUGCUGCUGCACAACGCUACGCAGCACACGGAAGGCUACUUCGGCAGCGACGUGCACGUGGCCUACCAGCUGGCCACCCGGCUGCUGGCCCACGAGAGUGCCCAGCGGGGCUUCGGCCUGGCAGCCACGCAGGAUGUGCACUUCACCGAGAACCUGUUGCGGGUGGGCAGUGCCCUCUUGGACUCAGAGAACAAGCGGCACUGGGAGCUGAUCCAGCAGACGGAGGGUGGUACGGCCUGGCUCCUCCGCCACUAUGAGGCCUAUGCCAGUGCGCUGGCUCAGAAUAUGCGUCACACCUACCUGAACCCCUUCACCAUCGUCACACCCAACAUCGUCAUCUCCGUGGUGCGCCUGGACAAGGGGAACCUUGCAGGCACCAAGCUGCCCCGCUAUGAGGCCCUGCGGGGAGAGCGCCCGCCCGACCUGGAAACCACCGUCAUCCUGCCCCAGUCCGUCUUCAGGCCCCCCGAGGGCAAGAACCCUGGGUCUUCGGACCGGCAGGCCGCCCCAGCCGAGGCAACGGAGCGGGUGGCGGCGGGCCAAGAGAAGGAGGAGGAGGAGGAGGAAGAGGAGGAAAAGGUGGUACAGAAAGAAGAGGAGCAGGUGCUUAGGCAGAAGCAGCGGCAGAGGCGGCACCCGGAGCUGCGCCAGGGCCAGGCCGUGGCCAGCGUCAUCAUCUACCGCACGCUGGCCGCCCUGCUGCCCCCGAACUUCGACCCUGACAAGCGCAGUCUGCGGGUCCCCAAACGCCCCGUCAUCAACACCCCCGUGGUCAGCAUCAGCGUCCACGACGACGAGGAGCCGCGGCCACGGGCUCUGGCCAGGCCGGUCACUGUGCAGUUCCGACUGCUGGAGACGGAGGAGCGGUCCAAGCCCAUCUGUGUCUUCUGGAAUCACUCCAUCCUGGUGAGCGGGACGGGCGGCUGGUCAGCCCGAGGUUGUGAGCUCGUGUUCCGCAACGAGAGCCACGUCAGCUGCCAGUGCAGUCACAUGACCAGCUUCGCAGUGCUCAUGGACAUCUCACGAAGGGAGAACGGGGAGAUCCUGCCCCUGAAGACGGUGACGUACACGGCCCUGGCGGUCACCCUGGCUGCUCUGCUCCUCACCUUCCUGGUUCUGGCUGCUCUGCGUGCCCUGCGCUCCAACCAGCAUGGCAUCCGCACCAACCUGGUGGCCGCCCUCUUCCUGGCCCAACUGGUCUUUCUCCUGGGCAUCAACCAGGCUGACCUGCCCUUUGCCUGCACGGUCAUUGCCAUCCUGCUGCACUUCCUGUACAUGUGCGCGUUCUCCUGGGCCCUGCUGGAGGCCCUGCACCUGUACCGGGCGCUCACGGAGGUUCGCGAUGUCAACGCUGGACCCAUGCGCUUCUACUACAUGCUAGGCUGGGGCGUCCCUGCCUUCAUCACAGGGUUGGCAGUGGGGCUGGACCCAGAGGGCUACGGGAAUCCCGACUUCUGCUGGCUCUCCCUCUACGACACCCUCAUCUGGAGCUUCGCCGGCCCUGUGGCCUUCGCCGUUUCGAUGAGCGUUUUCCUCUACAUCCUGGCAGCCCGGGCGUCUUGCGCCGCUCAACGCCAGGGCUUUGAGAAGAAAGGCCCAAUCUCUGGGCUACGCUCGGCCUUCGUGGUGUUGCUGACGGUGAGCGCCUCCUGGCUCCUGGCCCUGCUCUCAGUCAACAGCGACUCCCUCCUCUUCCACUACCUCUUCGCAGCAGCCAACUGCAUCCAGGGCCCCUUCAUUUUCUUCUCCUGCGUGGUUCUGAGCAAGGAGGUUCGCAAGGCACUGCGCUCAGCCUGCAGCCGUAAACCGGGCCCUGACCCUGCCCUCGCCACUAAGUCCACCCUGACCUCGUCCUACAAUUGCCCCAGCCCCUACGUGGACGGCCGCCUGUACCAGCCCCCCUAUGGAGAUUCGGCCGGCUCCCUGCACAGCGCCAGUCGCUCUGGGAAGAGCCAGCCCAGCUAUAUCCCCUUCGUGCUCAGGGAGGAAUCGAGCCAGAAUGCCAGCCUGGGCCCGGUGGGCCUGGGGGACCCCGGAGGAAGCGGGUACCUGGAGACCAAGGACCAGCAGCGCGAGCCGGACACGGAUUCGGACAGUGACCUGUCUCUGGAGGAUGACCAGAGCGGUUCCUACGCCUCCACCCACUCGUCGGACAGCGAGGAGGAGGAGGAGGGGGACGACCUAGGCGUGGACCCCGCCUGGGACAGCCUGCUAGGCCCGGGGGCCGAGCGGCUCUUGCACAGCACUCCCAAGGCGGAAGGCUGUCCGGCCCCCUCCGUGCCCCACUGGCCGGGGGAGUUGGGGACGGCGACUCCGGAGGGCGCGAGGCCUAGCGCGGAGGACCGGCCCCGGGAGAACGGCGACGCCCUGCUCUCUCUACCGGGUCUCGCUGCCCAGCCCCACAAAGGCAUCCUGAAGAAGAAGCGCCUGCCCCCCAUCAGCGAGCAGAGCGGGGUCCCGAGGCUUCCCCCGGAGGCCGGGGCGGGGUCCCCCCAGGGCUCGUCGGCCAGCGAGAGCGGACGGGGCUGCCCCCCGCGCCCCCCGUGCCCCCCGCGCCCCCCGCGCCCCAGCCUGCAGGACCAGCUGAGCGGGGUCACCCCCAUCGCCAUGAGCAUCAAGGCGGGCACCGUGGACGAGGACUCGUCGGGCUCCGAAUUUCUCUUCUUUAACUUUCUGCAUUAACCCGGGCCCGGCCUUGCUCACGCCUCCUCCGUGUCUGUGCUCUGUCCCCGUGCCCCCCCCACCCCCUCCCCGCCCCCCAGCAGCGACGAAACGUCCAUCUGAGGAGCACCCGAGGGGGGUUUGGGGGGGGGGAGCUGAUCGCGGCCCCCCUCUCCGGCCCCCCACCCCAGCCACAGCUCUCCUUCCCUCUCCUCCCCGGCCCUCACGCACUUUGGAUCCCCGGGCCUGGGAAAGCCGAGGAAGUGUUUUUUCAGAAAAGAGGAAGAAAAAGGCUAGAAAAAGGAAAAGAAAAAAAAAA